CGUGGACACAGCGAAGACGAGCAGCAUCUGUACCAAACGAUGACGUUCCUGUCCAAAGCGGCGCUUUUUGCUUAAGAAAAAAAAAAAGGGAGCGAAAGGAAGAGCAGCCAGCAUUAUGUAUGGCUUUGUGAAUCACGCCUUGGAGCUGCUGGUUUUGAGGAAUUAUGGGCCGGAAGUGUGGGAAGACAUCAAGAGGGAAGCGCAACUCGACAUCGAGGGCCAGUUCCUCGUCCGAAUCAUUUACGAUGACACCAAAACGUACGAUCUUGUCGCCGCCGCCAGCAAAGUUCUCGAAAUUGACGCGGGAGACAUCCUGCAGAUGUUCGGGAAGAUGUUCUUUGAAUUUUGCCAAGAGUCGGGAUACGACACCAUCUUGCGGGUGCUGGGAUCUAACGUUCGCGAAUUCCUUCAGAAUUUGGACGCCCUCCACGACCACCUGGGCACCAUCUAUCCCGGUAUGAGGGCUCCCUCGUUCCGUUGCACGGACGCGGAGAAGGGCAACAAUCUAAUCCUUCACUACUACUCGGAGCGAGAAGGCCUGCAGGACAUCGUGAUUGGCAUCAUUAAAACGGUCGCACAGCAAAUCCAUGGCACGGAGAUAGAGAUGAAGAUGAUCCAGCCCAAAAGCGAGGAGUGCGACCACAUCAAGUUCCUGAUUGAGGAAAAGGACUCGGAGGAAGAGGCCUUCUACGAGGACCUGGACGGCUUCGAGGAGAACGGCACGCAGGAGACGCGCAUCAGCCCGUACACCUUUUGCAAGGCCUUCCCCUUUCACCUGAUGUUCGACAAAGACCUGAUGCUCACGCAGUGCGGCAACGCCAUUUACCGAGUGCUACCUCAGCUCCAACCUGGCGCCUGCAUCCUCCCUUCGGUUUUCUCCCUGGUCCGCCCGCACAUUGACUUCAGCUACCAUGGCAUUCUUUCCCACAUCAACACAGUCUUUGUCCUGCGAAGCAAGGAGGGUCUGCUAAAUGUGGAGACGGUGGAGAACGAGGACGAGCUGACGGGGGUCGAGAUCAGCUGUCUGCGGUUAAAAGGCCAGAUGAUUUAUUUGCCCGAAGCCGAGAACAUCCUCUUUCUUUGCUCGCCCAGUGUGAUGAACCUGGACGACCUGACGCGAAGGGGCCUGUACCUGAGCGACAUCCCGCUGCACGACGCCACGCGAGACCUGGUGCUGCUGGGCGAGCAGUUCCGCGAGGAGUACAAGCUGACCCAGGAACUGGAGAUUCUCACCGACCGCCUGCAGCACACACUGCGGGCCCUGGAGGACGAGAAGAAGAAGACGGACAGAUUGCUGUACUCCGUCCUGCCGCCGUCGGUUGCCAACGAACUGAGACACAAGCGUCCCGUCCCGGCCAAGCGCUACGACAACGUCACCAUUCUUUUCAGCGGCAUCGUGGGCUUCAACGCCUUCUGCAGCAAGCACGCCUCCGCCGAGGGCGCCAUCAAGAUCGUUAAUCUGCUCAACGACGUUUACACCCGCUUCGACAUCUUGACCGACUCGCGCAAGAACCCUUAUGUAUACAAGGUGGAGACGGUGGGCGACAAGUACAUGACGGUAAGCGGCCUGCCUGAGCCGUGCACGCACCACGCGAAAUCGAUCUGCCACCUUGCGCUCGACAUGUUGGAGAUCGCCGGACAAGUCAAAGUGGACGACGAGCCCGUACAGAUUACCAUCGGGAUCCACACGGGGGAGGUGGUGACGGGGGUGAUUGGCCAGAGGAUGCCUCGGUACUGCCUGUUUGGCAACACGGUCAACCUCACAAGCCGCACGGAAACCACCGGUGAAAAGGGCAAAAUCAAUGUGUCAGAGUAUACUUACAGGUGUUUGCAGUCCGCCGAGAACGCGGACCCUCAAUUCCACCUGGCGUACCGAGGGCCCGUCACCAUGAAGGGGAAGAAGGAGCCCAUGAAGGUGUGGUUCCUGUCCAGACAGGAAGCCCACUGACACGCCCUCUUUGAUCUUCAGCUCUAUUCCAUCCGACGGAUCAAGUAGAAGGAAAUGAUGCAAAGGUUUUUGAUGUAAAACUGUGCCCUUGUGCUUGGCCACAUUCUCUAAUAUGCAGUCCAUUUGUUAUGACACUGUCAUUGUUUUUGAUGUCCGUUUAUGUGAGGUCUUUUUCUCUCCUGUGUGUGUGCGUGUGCGGUUGCAGUCUGCCUCUGUCUAUAAUCUUUUACAACGUCGCUUUUGCAACUGUUGAUCCUGUUGCGAGUAGAGAUUAGGAACUGUUUAGAACAAACACGUACACAAUAGAAUGAGGACCAUUACGAAUGGUACCUGUUUGCAGAUUGGUAGGCGGGAGAAGCCGUUUUUGUUAACCCGCCCUUUUUUCUCUCUCCUGUUUUGGACUGUCCAAUAUAAAUAAAAGCACCUCCUUAAUGUUGAGGUAUUUAAAUUAGUUUACAAAUACACCUACAGUAAACAAUGAAGGCACAUAAAUUAUUACAAUUUUGAGCAUCAAGCUUCCAGGAAGCGAGCGUUGGAACAGUGUGCCGCUGCGCUUCAUGAGGCCUCAUUGACACAUCGCUAAGUCAUAGUCCACCACUCCAAAUGAAAGCAAAAAAAGAAGGAAAAAAAAUCCAGAAAAUUAUGGAAUUUACCAAACGGUGAUAAUUCUACUGAUGAUGAGUCUGCUCCGUCUUGAGCCGAAGGUCACAAGCACAAGGUCGGACGGGAUAAGCUCCAGCUCACCUGCGCCAAAAAAGACAACAGGACAAGAAGUAUAGGACUUGGAAGGAUGGAUAAUGUUAGUGCACCUAAUUAAUUGGCACACAUGUUUAUUACUACUAUAGUGUUAAUGCACAUGUACCUUUUAGAGCAAUUUUUUUUGGUUGAUCUUAUUUUGCCACAAUAUUGUAUGUAACUUUUAGAAAAUGCCCCAAAUAAAGGCUUUUGAGCCCCUCA